AUGUCGAAAUUUAAUGAUAUUGACAGGCUUUGCAUCAGCACCGUCAGACUGCUGGCUGUGGAUGCAGUGCAAAAAGCGAAUUCGGGACACCCCGGGGCUCCUUUAGGUCUGGCUCCUGCAAUGCACGUUCUAUGUAGGGACUUUAUGAAUGUGAACCAUGAAAAUGUCGAUUGGCCCAACAGAGACAGAUUUGUUUUGUCAAACGGGCAUGCUUGCGCCUUGUUGUACUCGACCUUGCAUCUGCUAGGUUACGACUAUACCAUCGAUGAUCUGAAGAGGUUCAGAUCUGUGGGUUCGAAGACUCCGGGACACCCUGAGUACGAGCUGCCUGGGGUGGAGUUGACCACUGGCCCUCUCGGGCAGGGUAUCUCGAAUGCCGUCGGGUUUGCAAUUGCACAGGCACACAUCGCUGCCAGGUAUAAUAAGAAGGAUUGCGAAAUAUCGACAAACUAUACGUAUGUCUUCGCAGGUGACGGAUGCAUGCAGGAAGGUGUCUCCUCUGAAGCAUGCUCUCUAGCUGGUCAUUUGCAAUUGGGGAACUUGAUUGUGAUUUAUGAUGACAACUCGAUCACCAUUGAUGGUAAGACUAAUCUAUCCUUCACGGAAGAAGUUGCGGUUAGGUACAGGGGCUAUGGAUGGGAAGUCAUCGAGGUUAAAGAUGGUAAUGAUAAUCUAGAUGCGAUUUCACAAGCCAUUAAGCUUGCAAAAAGUAACAAAAAACAGCCAACUUUGAUUAAACUUACCACGACAAUUGGGUUUGGCUCUUUGAACGAGGGGACGUAUAAUGUCCAUGGUUCCCCAUUGAAGCCAGAUGAUGUCAAACAGUUGAAGAAGAGAUUUGGGUUCAAUUCAGAAGAGUCGUUCGUUGUUCCCCAAGAGGUUUACGAUUUUUACAAGGAACACAUGAUCGAGCGUGGUAAAAAAGCCAAUGAAGAAUGGAAUUCAACGUUGGAAGAAUAUAUGCGUAAAUAUCCAGAAUUAGGGGCUGAACUCAAAAGAAGAAUAGCUGGCAUUCUACCACCGGAUUGGGAGUCCGCAUUGCCAACUUUCAAGCCAGAAGAUGGCGACCUGGCCACGAGAAAAUUAUCUGCAUCAGUUAUCAAUUCCCUGGCUAAAACUCUUCCAGAGCUAAUUGGAGGUUCCGCAGACUUGACUCCAUCGAAUUUGACAAGAUGGGAUGACGCCAUAGACUUCCAACCAGAUGAUACCAAGAUAGGAAGCUACAUGGGGCGCUACAUUCGUUAUGGUGUUCGUGAACAUGGUAUGAGUGCAAUUCUGAAUGGCAUCUCAGCCUAUGGAUACAAUUUGAAACCAUUUGGUGGUACAUUUUUGAAUUUCGUGUCAUAUGCUUCUGGGGCAGUGAGACUAGCUGCACUCUCUGGAUAUCCAGUAAUUUGGGUAGCUACCCACGACUCAAUUGGUCUUGGAGAAGACGGGCCAACCCACCAACCUAUUGAGACAGUAACCCACUUCAGAGCGUUACCUAACAUGCAAGUAUGGAGGCCAGCCGACGGGAACGAAGUGUCUGCUGCUUACAAAGUGUCGAUUGAGAGCAAAGCAACACCUUCGAUCAUAUGUUUAACCCGUCAAAAUGUUCCUCAACUGGAAGGCAGUAGCAUUGAGAAAGCAGCGAAAGGUGGAUAUGCAAUUAGCGAAUACCACGGUAACACUACCCCGAAACUUGAUUUGAUUUUAGUAUCUAGUGGCAGUGAAGUGUCUUUAUGUUGCAAGAGUGCGGAAAAGUAUUCUAAGGACCAUAAAGUUAAUAUUCGAGUUGUGUCCCUCCCUGACUUCUAUACAUUUGGGAAACAACCUUUCGAGUACCGGAUCAGUGUGCUUCCAGACGAGGUUCCGAUCUUGAGUGUGGAGGUAUAUGCCACUUUGAGCAUGUGCAAGUACUCCCAUGAGCAAUUUGGCCUGGACAGGUUCGGAAUGAGUGGUAAGAGCAAGGAAGUCUACGAGUACUUUGAAUUUACUCCCGACGGUGUUGCCAGCCGCAUUGCCAAGGUUCUUUCGUUUUACUCUGACAAGACCAUACGCUCUCCAGUGAGGAAGGCAUUAGCGUAA